GCCUAUGAAUUUACCUGUUAGGAAGGUCAAAUAAUUAUGUUUAUCCUUAUUAUAGGGUAAGAAUAAAUUCUCUAUCGUAGAGAGGUAGACUUCCAAGUUCUUUUAUUGCCACUUCAUUUGAGGUCCAGUAGAGUAAGUUUGUUGCGGCAGUUGAAUUGCUUAUUGAUUAGUAGAAGUAUCCAGCUGAAUUACAGACUCCCGAAUAGUUUAGAUGGAAAGAGGAGAUCCUAAAAAUUGAAAUUCAGGUUUAUUCUUUGCACUGUGAUUUGGCACUUCAGGGUUUCAAUUUUCAUUAGUACAAGUUUUUUUGUGAAUUUGUAGUGUUAGUUGAAGUAGGUGACUGGACACACCUAAAUAGAAGAAAUUGAGUUCAGAAGAACUUGUAUUCGUGCUUAAUUGUUGUAAGUCCAGCUUGAUUGGUUUUGAAUAAAGAAUGCUCCUAAAUGGAAGAAGUUGAGUUUAGAAGAACUUGGUUUUUGAACUUAAUGAUGGGCUAAAGAAAGAGGUGAAUGUUCAUUUUCCUCUUAUACCCCACAAGUCAUAAAUGAGUUGCUUCUCUAAAUAUCUAUGUGGCUUCAAACAUGCAGCAUUUGAUGUGCAACAAGUGUACUCUUAACAGUGUGGGGUAAAAACUUUUCUAGGUGAUGAGCUACUUUUUGCCUGCUAGCAAUUCUGUUCGUUUGAGUUCUAUACUUGCAGAUAAUGAGAAAUGCAUUCUUGUAGCGAUUUUGUACUUUAAGUUCUACACUUACAGGUUUAUAUUAACUCCAGGACACAAGAGAGUCCAACGUUAAUCUAGACUUGGGGUGCAAAGAUGAAUUGCGAUGAGAAUAUGGAGUCCAAUGUUUAUUUUCACAUACAAGAUGAGGCAGAAAGGCUGCUUAAAGAGAUUGAACUGAUGAAGAAGAAUGUCGAGAACUCUGAAUUAUAUGCUGGAAUGCGCUUCGAUCUCGAACACAAUGAAACUUUUCAACAAUGUUUGUUUCGCCUUUUAGGUUCCCAUUCACAUGUUCAGGUGGUAAUCUAUGCUUUGGGAAGCAUGGAAUAUAGUUUCCAUUCACAGUUUCAGCUUGCCGUAGUUCUCCUACUUAAACGAGAUUUUUCCAAUUGGAUUGGCAAUAUACAAGUAUAUGAUCCUUUAAUGUCUCCAGCUGACAUGCUAGUUUUCAGAAAACUGGAUGUUGAGAUGUUGACCAUUGAUGAAAAUUGUAAGAGGCAAGUUCGGAGACCAACAAUGUUCUACAUGCCACUUCCUAGUUAUUGGCUUAUCGGCAACCUAUUGGGAGCAAAUUGGUCUUCGUCUUGUAUUAACCAGAUUUUUCUAUUGACAAACUCAUUUCGCUAUUUUCUGACCAAUAUUUCAUCAUGUAAUCAGAAUGGAGAAACAUCACAACGCGUAGAGAGAAUUCUCCCCUUCACAACAGAGUUUGACAUAAAAACUAGUCAUGAGGAGAUCUAUACUAAUGUGUUCUCAAGAUUUUCUUGGCGUUUCUUUGAUGUCGGUCCCAACGUUAACAUGGAAACAUCACUCCCUGUGACUAAGAUUACAAAAUAUGAAAGAAGUGGAGGAGAUCGACAUUGGUUGGAUUGGCAAAGGUAUCUUGAAGAAGUAUUUUUGGAAAUUAUGCAAAGCGACAUGUCUAGUGAGGGAUUUGCGCAAUUUCUUGGGGAAAAUCGCGGGCCUCGUCAUUUAAGAUGCAACUCGGUUCCUCCUCCUUUAGGUUGGAUUAAGCUAAACAUUUAUGGGAUCGGUACAGAAGGUGAUCAGCCAGGACGAUUUAGUGGCGUUUUUCAAGAUGAUACUGGAAUUUGUUUAGGUAAGUAUAGUGGUACCAUUGAUGCUAAUGACAAUGUGAUUGCUGGACUGGAGGCCUUGAGGAAUGGAUUAGUCAGAUAUGUUGAAGGAAAGCCGAAGGCACAGAAGUUGAUGGUGGAGUCCGAUAACGUUAUACUAAUCCAAUAUCUUAAUGGUCAACCUGAGCCAAAUGAACUAACCAUGUGCAGGUUGAAAGAAAUUUUUGCCUUUCUAAAACAUAUAACUUGUGCAUUUUAUCACGUGUAUGAAGAAGCCAAUGAAGCUGCUAGAGACUUGGCUUUGAGAGAUGAACGUCAUAAUCGCGCAUAGAUAGCAUUGUUUUUUGUCUUGCGGGGUAGGGUGAAGCUUUCUAGGCAAUUUGCAUUUUAUGGCAAGUGAUGUUGCAGCAGACUGAUGCAGACAAACCUUAUAUGCUAACUGAAGACAAGUCUAGUUCUGCUGAGGCAUGUUAUUUACUUUCUUCGUAUGGGUUUUGGGUCAGGUUGGGUCGGAGUAAGAGAUGAGUUAUUCAUCCGUAAGUUGGUAUUUUUGAUUGUGUGAUUUUUGUGUUAGAUAUGAUAGUUAAGUGACUUUUGUGGAGAAAAUA